GCCCCGAAGGAUAAUUUUGCAUUGCAAGGGAUAAAAUCUGAACAUAAAAAGGGUAAAGACAGUGAGCGAAGAAAUAGAACGUUGGGUUACAGAAGCAAAGAUGCAGGGAAGUGCAGCCGACGGAGAAGCGUUGGAUUUCGAGCCUGAGGACGAUGACUUGAUGGACGAGGACGGCGCUCCCGACGCCGACGCUUCUCCACCUCACCCCAAACUCAAAUCCGCCAUCACCGCCGCCGCCGCCGCCUCUUCUUCUCUCACCGCUCCCAAAAAGACCAAGGGUCGCGGUUUCCGUCAGGAAUCCGACGCAAACCGUAACAACCGCCUCUCCGGCUCCGAUUUCGACUCUCUCACCACCGAGGGUGGUCCCGGUCCUCAACGAUCCAUUGAAGGAUGGAUCGUUUUGGUCACCGGCGUGCAUGAGGAAGCGCAGGAGGACGAUUUGCAAAACACGUUCGGGGAAUACGGAGAGAUUAAGAACCUGCAUUUGAAUCUCGAUCGCCGCACUGGUUUUGUCAAGGGUUAUGCACUGAUUGAAUACGAACGCGCUGAGGAAGCUCGGAAUGCAAUAGAGAAUUUGAAUGGAUCUGAGCUUCUUACACAAACCAUUUAUGUUGACUGGGCUUUCAGUAGUGGACCUAUUAAUGAGUCACUCAGAAGAAAGAAUGCUAGGUAUGUCUCUACAUGUUUAAUGCUAGGUAAUUUGUUAUUUUCAACAUUAACAUUGCAUCCAGAUGCAGUAUUGGUCUGAGUUUUACUUCAUUUGUUUGGGUUGGUAAUUCCCAUUGUGAAAAUUUUUCCUGUAGCCAGUGUAAACUCCCGUCUUGAAAAGUUUGUGAGGCAAAAUAUCUUAACGGAAAUUAUAAUGGAUAUUAUAUGAUCUUCUCCUUGGUAAAUGGAUUAGAAAAUGAAAGUAAGGGUAUUUUCCUGGACUAUAAGUGGGUGAAAAACGAUUAGUAUUCCAUUUUUUAGUUGUUUAUUAUAGGCUUCCCCCUUUCAGCUGUGUUUAUAGCAGAUGCUAAGUUUCUUGCCCUUACGCCUUGACCACAUCACUAACUUUUAGCAUAUGAAUGUUUGUAACUUCCAACAUUUUGCAGACCACCUCGUGAACGGCGCUCCAGGAGCCCGCGUAGGAGAUAUUGACAUGGUAUGUAUUGAGUAAAUGACUGUUUCAUUGUGUGGACCCUUAAAUGAGCGGCUUGGUUUUCAUUACUAUAGCUGUGGAGGAUUUUUCCGAUGCUUGUACUCCCGUCAUACACAUUGGAUGCUGACGAUUCUUGUCUUAUACAUCCUUUGCUUUGUACUUGAAUGAUAUUAAUUUUUAGCUUAGUUUAUUAUGCUGUAUGGUGCUAUGGUCAUGCUUUUUCUUACAUGUAAUGAUAUUAUGAUGAACGUAGGAUCGUCUUUCGAUUGCAACUUGUUUGUGUUACAUAUUCAAGUGUGGCUUCAUGUUUCUUUUUCCUU